GCACCAGGGUAUGGGCAGGGUUCCCAGCACUUGAAUGUAAUUCCGUGUGGGAGGAGGAUGGGUGGGUUUAAGUGUAGGCUAUCUCGUCCUUUCUCUUCACACGCUCUGCUGUGCGCACAGACUGAAGACAAAAGCAGAACACCUCUCCAUGUGAUGUGCAGCAGGUCGGUGAGGGCGCAUCAGUAAUCUCAGAUACCCGCAUUAAAAACAGAUUUACGCUGCAUGGAGAGUUAACCAACUUCAACAUUUGUGAAGUGGCUGCCUCACCCGGUCGGACCGGAGGCCGUCUGGUCUCUGAUCUGGUCUCAGGAGUCAGCGGACCACGCUCCGUCGGCGCCAGACUGUGCGCCUCUCGGAUCACACCCGAGCCGCCCCGCGCUCUGGCGAUGGAGAUGAUGGAGGGAGACGUUAUGGACAAGCUAGAGGACAUGUCAUCGGUGUACGACUUCGACCCGAUCACCGGCAACAUCCCCGCUACCAAAGUGGAGAUCACCGUCUCCUGCAGAAAUCUGCUGGAUAAAGACACAUUCUCGAAGUCUGAUCCCUUGUGCGUGCUCUAUACGCAAGGUGUCGAAACCAAACAGUGGAGAGAGUUUGGCAGAACGGAGGUAAUAGACAACACUCUAAAUCCCGACUUUGUUAGAAAGUACAUCUUGGACUACUUUUUUGAGGAAAAGCAGAACCUUCGCUUUGACUUGUAUGAUGUUGACUCCAAAAGCCCAGACCUGUCCAAACAUCCCGCAGAGCUCAACGACUUUUUGGGUCAGAUGUUCUGCACUCUUGGUGAGAUUGUUGGAUCACCAGCCAGUCGACUGGAGAAACCACUGGGAGGGAUCCCAGGGAAGAAAUGCGGCACGAUCGUCCUGUCUGCGGAGGAGUUGAGCAACUGUCGAGAUAGUGCCACGAUGCAGUUCUGUGCCAACAAGCUGGACAAAAAGGACUUCUUUGGCAAGUCGGACCCUUUCAUGGUGUUCUACAGAAGCAACGAGGAUGGAACGUUUACUAUCUGCCACAAAACAGAGGUGGUGAAGAACACAUUAAAUCCAGUGUGGCAGCCUUUCACCAUCCCAGUACGAGCGCUUUGCAACGGAGACUACGACAGAACGAUCAAGGUGGAGGUGUAUGACUGGGAUCGGGAUGGAAGUCAUGACUUCAUUGGGGAUUUUACGACCAGCUACCGAGAGCUAGCUCGAGGGCAGAGCCAGUUCAAUGUGUAUGAGGUGAUUAAUACCAAGAAGAAAAUGAAGAAAAAGAAAUACGUCAACUCUGGAACAGUGACCCUGCUCUCGUUCUCGGUGGAGUCAGAGUUCACAUUCUUAGACUACAUCAAAGGAGGGACGCAGAUCAAUUUUACUGUGGCCAUUGAUUUCACAGCAUCUAAUGGUAACCCCUCCCAGUCUACUUCACUGCACUACAUGAACCCCUACCAGCUCAACGCCUAUGCCAUGGCUCUGAAAGCUGUUGGGGAGAUCAUUCAGGACUAUGACAGUGACAAGAUGUUCCCCGCUUUAGGCUUUGGAGCCAAACUGCCUCCUGAUGGCCGGGUGUCGCAUGAGUUCCCACUGAACGGAAACAUGGAAAAUCCCUACUGCAAUGGCAUUGAAGGCAUAUUAGAGGCGUACCAUCAGAGUCUGAAGACUGUGCAGUUGUACGGGCCAACCAACUUCGCUCCUGUGGUGAAUCAUGUUGCCAGAUAUGCGGCAGCAGUGCAGGAUGGCUCUCAGUACUUUGUGCUGCUCAUCAUCACGGACGGCGUCAUUUCAGACAUGGCCCAAACCAAAGAGGCCAUUGUGAAUGGCGCCAAGCUUCCGAUGUCCAUCAUCAUAGUUGGAGUGGGUCAGGCUGAGUUUGACGCUAUGGUGGAACUAGAUGGUGAUGACAUCAGGAUCUCAUCCCGAGGGAAGCUGGCAGAGAGAGACAUUGUGCAGUUUGUUCCCUUCAGAGAUUAUAUGGACCGGACGGGUAACCAUGUGUUAAGCAUGGCGCGGCUCGCUAAAGAUGUGCUGGCAGAGAUCCCCGACCAGUUCAUCUCUUACAUGAAGAGUCGGGGGAUCAAACCCAACCCGGCGCCUCCUCCCUACACACCGCCCGGACACCAACACCACCACACCCAGAUCUGAGGGCCUCCUCUUGGCGAUUCCCUGAGAACUGACAGCAUGCGGCAGCCACUCAGAGUCCAGUGGGAACUCUCUGCCUCCUGCUUUUUUGGUGCAAAUAGGAGACGGCGCACCAGGAGAUGGGUGUUGAAUUUCGUGCUGUACCCUCCCAGUGACUACUGGAGCAGUAUUUUGUUUUUGUUUGAGGUUUUUUUUCUGUGAUAUAUUCUUUUGGUUGUUGUUUCUCUUGAAGAGAGACUACACAUUUUUCAGGACUUGUUGGUGAAAGCCUUUUAGGCAGUGACUGUUUCACGUCUAAUUUGACAGCAGGUUGGUUCAAAAAGGUCAUGUUGUGGUUAAAACUUGUGCCUGUCUGUGGUUGUUUCUCUAAGUGUAUCAGGACAUGUGAACUUUGACCUAAGCCUUGCUCGUCAGUCAUUGGUGUGGCCUAAUUCAGUGACAUUUUUUAGGCACCUUUUCCCUUCUGGAAUAAGUUUUUAUAUCUGGGGAUUAUCUCCGUAUCUGCUAAUGCAACAAUUAUGAUGGAGGGAGAACUACAGGAGUGUAGUUUACAGUUUAUACAAUGAAAAUUAAUCAGGCUUUUCGUACCAUGAUGUGUCACCUUCUGUCCUCUUUAUUAAGUAAAUGUUUAUAAGAGCAUGAUGUAUGAGAAUUUAACCCCCAUAUCCCAGUAUUUAUUCACAAAUGUUAUUCAGAGCGGCAUGGACAUUUGAUAGAUCUUUUUUGAAUAUCAUCAACUUCAUUCAUUUUGAAGUGGUCACCAUUAAUUUAUGUUUGCAUAUGAAAAGCACAACCUGUCUCUAUACCAAGUACAAGAAUGAGGAUGAUGCUUGCUGGUUAAUCAUAUUUAAUCCUUGUGAGUGCUGCUAUUUGUUGUUUUUGAAGAAAAUACUCCUAUUAUUCAUGUAGGUGAAAUGUUUCUGCACUGCAGCUAUAAUUCAAUAUAUAACACUGUUGAAUGCAGGUGAAAUUAAGGUUCUUUUUCAAUACAGAAACAUUUCCAUCACAGAGGAUGUUGCACAUGAAGAGCAUUAAGUAAUUUAUAGUCGCUGCUUUCAAAUUCCUAACCCUGUAACUUCUUUAAAAUCCACUUCUUUGCCGAUUUUGAAACACACAAUAGAUGAAAAAUGCAUUAGCACAUAAAGAAAACACAGAAUUUAUAAAGGAACUUUUUAAAAAGGGCAUGCAAUAUAACUAAAUGGAUAACAGUGCUAUCUGAGGCUGAAUUACCAACCAGACAGUGACCUAGAAGCCCACAGCUUCACUGUGAGGCAAUUUGUUGACGUAAUUUCUUUAACUGCCUUGUGUCAAAAUGAUAUCACAUUUCAGUUGGUAUUUUACAUAGACUAGCUGACACACAGCAAAUAUUAGAGCAACCAGUUGGCCUGUAGGUAAUUAUGUUCCAGCCCUGAUACUGUCUCCAACGCACAACCUCUACAACCCAGACACUUCCACCGACACUAGAAAUCAGUAAGCCUCCAGUGAUCACGCAUCAGCAGCCACAUAACCUCCAUCGUCAUAAACUCUCCUCUAGAGAUUUCCAUUUAAUACUGAGCUGUCCUUUCUGUGCUAUAUCACAAGUAUCUGGUGGCAGACAGUUCAAAAGUCAUCCCCAGAGAGAGACUUACAUUUAAUACAUUUAAUGCGCAAGUAAUUCCAUCACGUGCAAAACGCAUUAUCAAUCUGUCGACACCACAGGGGAAGGAGGGCAUCUUUUCAUAUUUGUCUUGGUUUGGCUUUCUGUAGCCUGCUCCCAUGUGUGACAUUGGUUUAGUGUGAAGAAAUAAAAACAAAUUGGCUUCCACAUAGCGAAUCCAAUUUUUGCAGCAUCAGUAACGAAGCUUGUAAUCUCAGAUCCCUCCUUUGCACAAUGACGCAACAAUAAUCCCUGACAGCUCUGUGAUGUGUCGCCUUAAAACUGGGGGAAAAAAAUACUGAGAGGAAUUCCAAAGCAUAUGAUCCAUAUGAAUGAAUCAUAUCCUUUUGAUCAUUGAGUCUGUAUAGUAGUGUGUAGGAUUACAGCAGUAAUAAGGAAAGAAAAGUAUGAAAUUAAAGUACAGAACAUAUUGUAUCAUCAUCAGAUAGAUUAUUUCUCAUUGUUUAUUAUACUUUAGCUAUGUUUAGCUUUCUACUUAAAAGAAACAGGAAACCCUGAGUUUAAAAAAAAAAAAAUCACUGAGAAAAACUACAACUGGAAGCAUCCAUAGACAUGUUGCAAGAAAAGGGAUUUCCAUGGGAUGCAGAAUCUCCAUUUUCCACUUUUAGCUGUGUGGGGGCUUUAGAGAUGGCAGUGCAACACUUUGUUCUGGACUGAAAUAUCUUAAUAACUCAUGGACAGAUUUUUACUUAAUCCAUUUCAGGCUUUGAUGAAUCCCUGAGGGUGAUUCUAAUGAAUGUAGAGAAUCCUUCACUUUUUUGGGCAGCUUCACCAUGUGAAAAAAAAUAAUCUGUCUGUUCAAUCCAAAAACCCUCAAAUUAGUUUUGGGAAUUCCCAUUCCAAUUAGCCUCAGGUUUAUUUUGUCUAUAGUGGUAUUCACAAAUAUUAGCAUGGUAAUAUGCCUGAGUAAGGUGUACUGUGGACAUUAUCUGCUAAACAUACACACAUCACUCUUACCAUUGUGAGCAUGUUGGCAUUUAACUGAACAAUUUAGUGCUAAAAGCCACGUUUCAAUUGAAACUUCCUGGAACUUUUAGUCCUAGAGACUUUUUUCAAGGAACUAAAAUAUUCCUUUGGACUGUUAGUUGUCAGCAUUGCUGCCAUUCUCUAAAGACCUGCAAAGAUUAACCAAAUCUACUGAAGUGUGAAAAGGUGACAAUUUUUACAUGGAAUUUUUGUACAAAACAUACAACAGUAAUGACGCCAUAUAAACUGACAGACAAGACAGACAGCAACAGCAGUUAGCAUGUAGAAGAUCCAAGUCAUGCUGCUAUUGGGCAAGUAAAACCAUUUGGUGUUACUUCAGGAGUAACAAAGCACCAGCAACACAAGACUGAAAGAAAACAAAUUUUAUGGGCUAUUGCAAAUACUGACCAUGAGAUGAUUGAAGCCUUUAUUAUAAUCAGUGCACAUCCAUACACAAACAGCUGCGGACACCCAUGGACAUGUAGUUCUUGUUAUUAUACGACUUUUCUAGACCACAGAAGUUCACUUGGAAGGCUCCAUAGGUCUACGUAUUCAUACUACUGCUGAGCACAUCCACUACUCCAUUUGCAGCGAAGUUGCUGUGCAGACUUUCUGCACCGACACAAAUUUACAAACAUGCAGAUGUGUGCAGAGGGGUCAGGGCAGACUCUUAGACUUGGGGAGAUAAAAUAUACAUGACAGGAACCACCCUAGCAGACUCUCACACACUUAGCAUAAAGUGGACUAAGACAUUCUGAGCAAAACAGCAGUGUUCAGUGCUGCAAACAAGGUCCUAAACUUUCAGAAACUAUACUAUCCCCAAGACCAUUCUGGGUGGUAAAAUAACUUAGACCCUGGUCUGAAUGUUCCUAGUCCCCAGGGAAAAGUUCCUGCAGAGGAAACGCAGCUUCACAUAACCACUAACAUGACAUUAGACUCUUACUGCACCAUUUGCUUUUCUCUUUUCUAAUUAAUUGGCUUUGCCUCCUUGCUUAACAUUCAUGUGCCUCUCGCUGCUGUAGAGGGUAUGAAAAGAAAAAAAGAAAACUCUCAAGCAAAGCUUAAAGGUGGAGUAACAGAUCGCAGGAAGGUGUCUUCUUUUUAAAAUGACAAACCGAUGAAAAAGCAGAAUUUAUUUGAGCUGAAAAGAUUCCAUUCAAGUGUCUAAUGUAGCAAACUAAAGGCCUUAAUGAUGUGAAAGGCAGUCACUCCAUCUCAUUUAGUUGUGUACUGAGCAGUUCAGGUGGAUAAGUAGGGCUCUUUGGUGCAGUACAAAAUUAUUAAAUGGUGGUCAAAAUGGGAAACAGCAAUCUGGUUGAUCUUUUGUGAAGCGUAAAAGAAGCAACAGUUUAAAUGUAAGACUUCAACAUGGAUUCCUGUUAGAAUGUAAAGUGUAAUGUAACAGCUGGUUUGCACAUAUCCCAUCUACACUUAAUCUUCAAGAGGAGUGCUUACUGUAUAUGUUUGAUAUAUUUUUUGAGAUAUUAUAUAUAAUAUAUAUUAUUAUUUUUGAAGAUUAUACGACAAGCCAUCGCAAUGACUUCAUCUCCUCUUCAAGCCCUUAUUUAUUAGAAUGGUAAUCAGCUGCAUGUUUACUUAAGGUACAAUAAGAGUGUUUUGUACACGGUGCCACCAUCUGUAAAAUAAUGGACCCAACCCCACCCGAUUACAUGCAUUUCUGUGCCAGACUUGGCAAUAACGUUGGACUGUAUGCUAUCUCUUCUCUCUUGUGCCUGGUUCUUCAAACAUUUGUCAUGCCAGUGGUUAGAAAAACUGUAGCUAACUUGCAUGUUACAGUUAAACCUUUUUUAAAAUCAUGUUUAUUUUUUGGUCUUAUUUCACAGUUUAUCUUUAUUGUUUAUAUCUCUUGAGUUCACUGAUUUGCAUGACUCCCUAAUUUCCAUUUAAAGGGUUUUUAUUGUACAUGAUUAUUGUCAUAUGGUGGGUUGUGAAAUGCUUUGUAUUGGAUUGCCUUAAAUGAAAAUUAAAAACUAACUACUUUUAUAAAAGUU